AUGUAUAAGCAACCAGCAUUUGACCACCCUUUGUUGAAAAAUCACACUCUUCAGUUAAAACCAAGUAGUCUUCCAAAAGAAAUGAAGCUUGCAAAAUUUAAACCAGCUUCUUUUAAUGGAUUCAACGAUACUUGUCCUUCUGGCACUGUUCUCAUCCACCGUGCUGAUGGUCAAUUUUAUGGAGCAUAUGCAAAAAUGGCGACUUAUAAGCUUCCAAAUCUACAACAUGAUCAAUCAUCAUCUAGCGCUAUAUAUCUUUUUGGCGAUACAAAAGCUCCAAAUAAUGAACUCAAUGUGAUCCAGGCUGGUUGGCAUGUUGCACCCUCCAUGUACAAUACCAAUUAUCCUCGAUUUUUUAUUGAUUGGACGGAUUCUAAUACAGGAAAUUGGUGGAUUACUUAUAAUGAUCAGUUACCUCUUGGGUAUUUUCCUAAGGAAUUGCUUCCAAAGAUGGAUGAUUAUGCAAAUGUGGUUCAAAUGGGUGGGUUUGUUGACUCUCCCUUGAAUGUGCCGAGCCCUCCGAUGGGCAGUGGUCAUCCAUGUAAUGAAGGACGUAAUAAAGCUGCUUAUUUCAUUCAAGUUCAGUUUAUGGAUUCGUCCAAUAACCUGUACAAUUUGAAUCCUCUUUUUAUUGUGCCUUAUACUGAUAAUGAUGAUUAUUAUAGUGUAGCGGAUGAUCAUUAUGAAGAUGAUAAAGAUAAAUAUGUUUUUGCUUAUGGAGGUGUUGGAGGUUUUUAA